AUGAGAAACUUGUCCCGGAUAUUUACCCAACUCUACCUGGCUCCCUCCACCUCUGCAAAGGCUUUACUCUGCGAGGAAACUCACUAUGAACCCUUCCCGAAGCGAUGCGACACAGGUCCCCUCUCAGUACUGAUCCAAGGGCCGGGCCGGGCCUCGAGAGGGACAGAAAUGCCAAAACCGGAUCUGCUCUGCUUGGUUCAGCUGCUGGACGGCACCAUUCAGACCUUCCGGCUCAGCAAACAGGAUGAAGGAGCGGUUCUGUUGGACCAAGUGUGCGACCACCUGUGCCUGGAGGAGAGGCAGCUCUUUAGUCUGCAGAUUAGAGAGACCAGCUCCAUCACGGCCAACACCGUUUCCCCAAGGUGGUUAGAGCCUGAGAAGCCUUUGAAGAAACAGAUCAAAGGUCUUGCUUCCCCAUUCUAUUUAAACUUCAGGGUGCGAUUUUUCAUCUCAGACCCAAACUCUCUGCAGCACGAACAGACCAGACACUUGUACUUCCUCCAAAUCAAAAGUGACAUCAGAGAAGGAAGGUUGAAGUGCCCGCUGAGUGCUGCUGUCGUCCUGGCCUCUUACGCCGUCCAAUCUGAACUUGGCGACCAUUCUCCCUCGUUACUCCCUGGUUACCUCUCAAAGUGCCAUUUCUUCCCCGAACAAGAUGAAGACUUCCUGUCCAAAGUGGAAGACCUGCAUCCACAACAUAAGGGAUUGAACCAGAGUCAAGCCGACUUGUAUUUCCUCAACACAGCACGAACACAAGAACUGUAUGGAGUUGAGCUGCACUCCGCAGUGGACACUAACAAUGCCCCUUUGAUGGUUGGGUUGGCCUCGAGUGGAGUGGCCAUGUUCUGCAACACCGUCUGCUCCAGUUUCUUCCCUUGGGGGAAUAUCAUCAAGAUUUCCUUUAAAAGAAAACGAUUUUUAAUACAUCUUAAACGCAAACAUGGAGAGACCCAGGACUGCGUGGUGUCCUUGGAUCUUCCGUGUCCUAAAAGCUGUAAAAACCUGUGGAGGUCCUGCGUGGAUCAUCACACGUUCUUCAGCUGUAAUCGCACAGUGAAAAACCCCAAACACAGUAACACAAUCCAGACCUACAAAAAUCUCAUCACGGAGCACCUCGGUCUGGGGAACCACAAGACCGACAACAGCGGGCCGGUGUGUCAGAAGGUAAUGGGUGGAAUGGUUUGGAAUCCGGUCCUACGUCGUUCGCUUUCCUCCGAGAAUCUGGAGACAAAGAGCCUUCCUUCCAGAUCGCCUCCGUCCACCCCAAACUGGAGGAGUUCCAGAGUCCGUCAUGGCGCCUCCAAACCGCGGCCCUCGUCAGUGGAGUUCAGUGAUUUGAAGGAGAUGUCUGAGGGAGAAGAUGUGUUUUACACGUACAGAGCAUCAGUGAGCAGCCGAGACAGUGAAGGAGAUGGCUCAACACAUCUACAACAUGAACCUCUGAAUGACGACAGCAUCGGUGAGGAGGACGGCGAUCACAGCAUAAACCACAACAAUAAUAACGGCCCCAGCGAUGGAGACCUACUGCUGAUACGACUUACUCCGGAUCACGAGGGGAAGUUUGGUUUCAAUGUCAAAGGUGGAGUGGACCAGAAUAUGCCACUUGCCAUUUCUCACGUGAAGCCGGAAUCUCCUGCGGGGAAGUGUGAGCCCCAGCUCCUGGAGGGGGAUCUGGUUGUCCUCAUUAAUGGACGGGACAUCUCUGAACACACCCAUGAUCAGGUCGUCAUGUUCAUCCGAGCCAGUCGAGAGUCUCACUCCAGGGAGCUGGCUUUGCUCGUCAAACGUAAAGGUGCGACACGUGUGCUCCCUCAGCUGCAGCUUCCCGUCCUGACGUUAGCCACACCGGGGGAUAAGUCUAUGUCGCCGAUCCAGUCAGAACCCGUCACAACUCUGGAAGAGUCCAUGCGGCAGCUGGAGAGAGGGAUCCAGUCUGGCACCCUCUGCUUCCACUUUGAUAAUUUGUACAGGAGGAAGGCUGACAUGUCACUAAGCUGCUCCCGACUUUCUGAAAACUUGGAAAAGAAUCGUUAUAGAGAUGUUUUACCAUAUGACGAUACAAGAGUUGUGCUCCAAGGCCCAGAAGACUACAUCAACGCCAGCCACAUAACGGUGGCGCCCCCUCUGUCUGGUGUGUGUCUGCGGUAUGUUGCUGCUCAGGGGCCGCUGCCUCAGACCUGCGCUCACUUCUGGCAGAGCGUCUGGGAGCAGAAGGCUCACACAGUCAUCAUGCUGACCACACUGACGGAGAGGGGACGGACGAAGUGCCACCAGUACUGGCCUCAUCCGCCUCAAGUGAAGAGCUACGGGCAGAUGCAGGUGAAAUGCCAUUCGGAGGAGUGUAACUUGGCCUAUGUCACCAGACGCUUCACACUCACCCAUAUGAAGUCCGGAGAGGAGCGAGCUGUGACCCACCUGCAGUACGUAGCCUGGCCCGACCAUGGUGUCCCUGACGACCCCUCGGACUUCCUGCUCUUCGUCAGAUCAGUGAGAGAGAGGAGGAGAGGGGAGGAGCCGCUCAUGGUCCACUGCAGCGCUGGUAUUGGACGGACAGGUGUACUCAUCACCAUGGAAACGGGGCUGGCAUUGUUGGAUCAGAGUCGACCUGUGUUUCCUCUGGAGAUUGUGAAAACACUGAGAGACCAGCGCGCCAUGAUGGUUCAAACCACGUGUCAGUUCCAGUUUGUUUGUGAGGCCAUUUUACGUGUCUACAAAGAGAAACACGAUGGGUCUUCUGCUCCAGUCCAGUCCUAA